AUGUCCACGUGGCGUAUUUGCUCUGACGAUGGAUCAAAUUAUCGUUGGGAGGCUGUCGGUUCGUUCUUACCGUUGAAACUCGAUAAUAACCCGAAAGGAACUCCUAUUUCUCCAUACCCUUCCAUGGCUGAUCUCAUACAUAAAGUAGUCGAAACCCACCCAUCGACCGCCUUCGCCAUCUUUUCCAGUGAGCCCGUUUCAUUAUCGCCGUUAGUCACACAUUCUUCUUCGGUGAAGCUCAAGGAACAGCGAGGAAGCCUUAUCGUUUUAAACCAGGAAGUAGGGCUCUUCAAGAGAUUCGGAAAUACCAGGAAGACUACGAAUCGACUCAUCCCUGCUGCCAGCUUCAUUAGAGAAGUAAGAGCUAUUAGCUACCGAUUUGCGCCAGACAUAGGUCGUUGGCAAGCUGAAGCUUUAGUUGCAAUUCAAAAGGUAGAGGUGGCAGAAUGGACUGAACUUGAACCCAUCUGA